AUGAAUCUCAUGCAAAUGCAUCAAUAUGGCAAUGUCAAUUGUCUUUCUCAAAUCAAAGAAAUUAUCGAUCAUGAUAAUAAUAAACCGACAUUUACUCGAACAGUCUAUCAAGUAGAUGCAACAACAAUAUGUCGAAUAAUUAAACGAAAUGAACAUAAAUGUUUAUAUAAAUCAUUUAGUCAACUUCUUCAUCUAGCUUCAAAAGCUCGACAUGGAAAAAAGAAAAGUAAUCAUAUCGAACAGAUUUUAUUAUCAAAAAAUAUUCCAGAUUUAAUUCCUGUCGCUAUUUAUUGGAAUCCAGCUCAUUGUACGACAAGUGAUGUAGAAGAUCUCGUAUCGAUUAUUGAUCCAUUUAUCAAUCUAGGAGAGCUAUUUUAUAAUGAGACUAUAAAUGAUACUCAUCAUGUUAAAGAAUUAAAGCUCAUUGGACUCAUUUGUUUUUAUGGUGGUUCAAUUGAAGUAUUUUUUUCCUAUGAACAUUCAACAUCAGAAUGGUUGUUUUGUUUUGAUGGCAAUGUUAUAAUAAUUACUGAUUGGAAAUCAGUUAUAAGAAAAUGUAUUGAUUUUCAUCUUCAACCAUUUCUUCUAAUCUAUGUUAAUUCAGAAGAAAAUCCUGUUGAUAUAACUCAAUUACUUAAACGAACUGUGAUUCAAGAGAACAUUAUACCUGACGAAAGAAGAUUAGAACCUUCAAUAAAUUCAAUGACAAAACAAGACCAAUUGGAAUUACAUGAAAAUAAAUAUAAAAAUGAAAUACAUUCAUUAGAAAAUCUUUCAAAAAUAUCGUCGUUUGCAACAUUAAAUUCUUCAAUGUUAUUUAUGCCACAAUCAACAAUUAAUUCGUCUUAUAUCAAUAAAGAAACAGUUGUUAAAGUCAUGCAACAACAAUUAUUAAAAAAAGAAUCAUUAUUAGAUGUAACAUCAUUAUCAUCUUCAUCUCUUGUUCAUAUUCGAAAACAAUAUCAACAAAAACAAAAAUCUGAUGAAACAUUAUCAAGUGAAGAUUCUUCAACAUCAUCACAACGUGAUUCAGGUUUAAGUAGUGGUAUUAAUGAUGAAUCAACUGAUAAUAGUCCAAGAGAUAGUCUUGUUGAAAAUGAAACAACAACUGAAAUUGAUAGUUUAAUUAAACAAACAGAACAAAUGAUGAACGAUACUCAUUUUGAUAUGUCAUUAGCAUCAAUUGAAUUUUAUCUCGAACAAUCUGUAAAAUAUGAAAGUGCAAGUAAUUAUUCAUCUGCAUUAGAAUCUUGUCAACGAGCAUUAGUACUAAUUGAUCAAAUACUUAAUCUAAGUCAAAGCUGUAAUACUCGUUUAUUAUCAUAUCUUCGACCAAGAAAAAAUAGUUUAUUAUUAAGAAUACGUUCGUUAAAAAAACGACAAAUUGAAAUUGAACAAUUAAAUUAUUUUCCAAUAAAAACUAAUCUAGAAAGAAUCAAUGAAAAUACAACAUCAAUAUUAUCAUCAACAAGACGAUUAUUUCGUCCGAAGAAAAAUGUGAAGUUUUCUGAUCAUGUUGCAUUAAUUGUUCCAACAUUCAAUGAUACAAAUGAAUCAUCAUCAACAGAACAUUUAAUUCAUUCAUUUUUAAGAAAUAUUCAUCAACAACAAACAUCAUCAGAUUCCGAUUCCGAUACACCAUCAUCAUCAUUAAAUGAUCUUCGUAUUGGUUUAAUAGAAUGUUCUCUAUGUCAUAAACGAUUCUCAAAACUAAAUCAAAUGAUUGAUCUAUCAAAUCAAAAUUUAAUAUAUGGUUCAAUCGAACAUUUUCUCUCAUUACGAUAUGAUAUAUCUCAAAAUAAAAAUCUAUCAAAACGAGCGAAACAUUUUUAUAAACGACAAAAUGAUAUUAUUGAUAAAUAUGAAAAUAUUCUUAAAGAUAAUAAUCAACAAAUAAUUGAUCCAAGUAUAAUAAAACUUAAAAAUCGUGUUAAAAUUCUUACAACUCUUUCUCUUAUUGUUAACGUGUGUUUAUUUUUUAUUAAAAUCUUUGCUUCAAUUUUAUCAAAUUCAUUAUCAAUUAUUUCCAGUGUAAUUGAUUCAGCUGUUGAUCUUAUUUCAAGUAUAAUUCUAUUUUGGACAUCACAUGCUAUACGUCAUCGGAAUCAAUAUAAAUAUCCUGCUGGACGUAAACGACUUGAACCAGUUGCUAUUAUUAUACUUUCUGUUAUUAUGUGUUCAGCAUCAGUACAAGUACUUUCUGAAGCUAUUCAAAGAUUAUUUAUUUAUAUAAAAUAUUUUACAAAUCAUACAAAUGAUAUAUCUGAUGUUAAUAUGAAUAUUAAACAACCUAUUCCAAUUAUUAUUAUGUGUAUAACUAUUAUGAUUAAAAUUAUUCUAUACUUUUCAUGUCGUAAUAUUCCAAUAGAAACAGUUAAAGCUUUAGCACAAGAUCAUCGUAAUGAUAUAUUAUCUAAUUGUAUAGCACUCAUAUCUGGUCUUAUUGCUGGUCAAACUGUUUCUCAACAAAUCAAUAUACGAUUUAUUAUGAUUGAUCCAAUUGGUGCUAUAAUCAUUUCUAUUUAUAUUAUUAUUUCUUGGAUUCAUCAAGCUACAAAACAUAUUCGUCAUUUAACUGGUGUUACUGCUGAACCAGAUUUUCUUAAAUUAAUAACUUGGAUUGCUAUUAAUUUUUCACCAUAUCUUACAAAAAUUGAUAUGGUUAAAGCAUUUCAUUUUGUUGAUAUUGGUCUACCAGGUACAAUGCAAAUUCAAGAAGCACAUGAUAUUGGAAAUAAUUUACAAAUAAAACUUGAAUCAUUGCCUGAAAUCGAACGUGCUUUUGUUCAUAUUGAUUAUGAAUUUAAUCAUAAACCUGAUGAACAUAAACUAAUCUAA